AUGCAUCGAAUGAAAUCCCCAAAUAAGCACGGCAACUCCACAUCAGCAGACGACGACGGCAGCCUGGACACUGCUGUUCAGCGCACGAACGAUGACAGCGUCGUGAGUAAGCGUUCUGCGGUGUAUCACAAUUACAUCAAUGACCCUUAUCUGCGUCACUUUGUACGGAAAUUUUUCCGACGCUCGCCGCUCAUCAACCGCGGGUACUACCUCCGCAUGCUGGUCAUCACCGACGUGGUGGAGCGCUGCAUUCGUCACCUGCAGGGUGUUGUGAGGCGCGGCGCCGAUGCAACGCCCGUGCAGGUCAUCUCCCUUGGCGCCGGUUAUGACACGCUCGCGCUGCGGCUGAAGGCGCAGCCCACCUACGCCAAUGUGUACUUCUACGAGGUAGACUUCCCGGCUGUCAUGCAGGCCAAGGCGGAACUGGUGCGGGCGGCGCCGCGGGGCGCCUUCCCUGCUGAUGUUGUUGCAGAGCCGGAACACGAGUUGGUGAAACUCCGAGGCGACAACUACCACGCCGUCGGCGUGGACUUGCGCGACAAGGAACGGGACCUCAUCAGGAGCCUGACCGCCGCCUCGCCGCACUUCUCCUCAGCACAUCCCACUGUUCUUUUUGCCGAGUGUGUCAUGCAGUACAUGCCCCCAACAGCAGCUGCGGAGCUUAUAAAGCGCAUAGCUACAUCCUUUUCAAGCGCCAUCUUUGUUGCAUACGACCAGGUUUCCCCGGCGGACAGCUUUGGCGAGGUGAUGCAGCUCUCCCUUCGAGCGAAGGGUAGCCCACUUCUGGGACUUGCGGAAUGCCCAAACAGGGCGGCAAUGCUUCGCCGAGGUGUCGCUCAAGGCAUGCAUCAGGUGUGUUUCGCGAACUUCCAUGAUCUUUCGCGUCACUACUUGGUAGGUGAAGAGAAGCAACGUGUAGAGGCGCUGGAGCCGUUUGACGAGGUCGAAGAAUGGAGCGAGAUGUGCGAGCAUUACGGCAUCACAAUGGCUUCCACGUCGCGUGAAGUUGGCAUGCCUGAUCACCCGUCAUUCAUGAAAGGAACAGAAACAGAAGCGGCAGUAGCCGAAGAAAAGACGGCACCACGCGGGGCGGGGUGUGUUGCUGUACGCAUCGAAAAAUGGCCAACCGGUCGGUUUGGCUUUGAAGGGUGGGGUAACGGGCAUGCGUUCGCAGAGGAACUGCCGGACGGCGAUGUUGUUAUUGUAUCGUUUGGCGGCUUUGCCGCGACACGGAGCCACCAGCGGGUCAACACAGUAUACGUUCACAGCCUUCGCGAUGGCGAGUACAAGGUCACCCAUGCGGCAUCGAGCAUUGAGCCACCAGCCCUCGUGUUCCAUUCGCUGAGUCGUGUGGCACAUGGAGUCUAUGUUGUCCUCGGCGGUCGCACGAACCCGAAGGAUGUGACGAUGGACGCGUACCUGCUGCAACUCGACUUGCCACAGCAGCAGCAGCAGCAGCAGAAGACACAUGUGGGAGCAGUAUGGACGAGGCUUGCACCGUCACCCGAGAGUACGCAACUGCCGGAGGGCCGAUACCGCCAUGCCGCGGUGGCUGUUGUGGAGAACCUCAAUGCCACAUUAAAAACUGGUAAAUCAGAAGCAAAAGAACAAGAGCUGCAACGCAUCUUUGUCUUUGGUGGCCGCAAUGCUAACGGCUGUCUCUUGGACGACGCGUGGAUGGCGACUAUUGAAGACGGGACAAUCCGUUGGGGACGUCUGUCCUUGACGGGGGACACUCCACCGCCUUGCUGCUCCAGCGCAGUGAUUCCGCUGCGCGCGACGAACACUGUGCUUCUCAGUGGCGGCCUUGUGACAGGCGAUGACUGCGUGGGCGCGGCGUGGCGCAUCGACUGGGCCACAGGUGUGUGCCGCAAAGUGUCCCACGUCAUGUCUCCACGCUUCUCGCACACAAUGUGCCACGUGUGUGUUGACGGUACAAAGCGGGUACUUGUUCUCGGCGGCUCCGCGUGCCGCGCGCGCGAAGAGUUCCAGCCGGCACUGCUGCUGGACGCCGCCACCGGGGAGACGGUGUCUGUGCUAAAGCUGCCCGCCGAAUGCCCGACGUGGACCCGCCACUCCUGCGUCAUGCUUGACGGUGGUGUCGUCGCGGUGCUCGGCGGUGGCUUCACCUGUUUUUCGUUCGGCACCUUCGCGGCUAAGCCGUCGCUGCUGCUCCUCGGAGAGAAAACCAGCUGGCACCUGGCCAAGCGAUGCAAGACAGCAACGGCGUUGCGCGGAGACGCCUCGGAGUCACUCCUGCCGCUCAUGCGACCCGCUGUUGAGGCAUGGGAGUUUAGCAGCGAGGCUUUCCUGGCGCUCGUGCGACAACCAACCAAGCCUAUCGUAUUUCGCAAGGUCCAGAUGGGCCGCUGCGUGAAUUCGUGGUGCGACCCGGCGUAUCUGAAGCAAGUGGAGGGGGACACGACGGUUUCCGUCCACGUUGCCCGUGAAACGCACCUGCUCGACUUUGUGAAGAAAAACUUCACGUUCCGGCAUGUCAAUUUCGCUGCGCUCGUGGACCACUGUGUGGCUGCGGUGGAGGCGAAGCCACCGAAAGCGAAUUCGGAGAUGUGGUACCUGCGCGCGGUGGCAGCAAACAUGAAGAGCGAGCGAGCGAACGUCUGGCGUGAUUUUCCGGGGCUGAAGAAUGAUUUCUUGCUUCCACCAGCAGCCGCGGAGUACAUUGAGCCGCGCAUGCACCAGGCCUGCCUGCGCCUCAGUACACCACCGCUUCAGCUGUGGACACACUACGAUACCCUUGACAAUGUUCUUUGCCAGGUUGUCGGCAAGAAGCGUGUGGUUCUCUUUCCUCCCAGUGAGUAUAACAAUCUCUACAUGAGCGGCAGCUCGUCAGCUGUGCUGAAUAUCGACGCACCGGAUCUAGUGCGAUUUCCACGUUUUGCCGAUGCGUGCCGUCAUGCCUUGGAGGUGGUGUUAGAGCCGGGCGAUAUGCUAUUCAUUCCAUCGCUCUGGUUCCACCACAUCACUACGGUGGGGGAAAGCUACUGCAUCAGUGUAAACGUCUUCUUUGAGCGUUUCCCCCAUGAGGACUAUGACAAGAAGGAUCUGUACGGGAACAAAGACCUCCCAGCAGCUGUGCGGCUGCGCAAGGCCAUCGUGGAUCAGGUGCAGCACCUCGUCGCUGAAUCGGCAACGGAGCGGACAAGCGACGGGAACCGACUGACGCCCGAUUUUGUUGAGUUCGCGCUACGGCAGGCGAUACAAGACUUGGAGGAGCUGGGCGACAGCAUGGCGGCCGCACGCCGUGGAGACGAGCACCACCAUCCCUCGAUCUUCAGACGGUAA